CCGUUGACACGUGCCGGGUUAAGUCCCAACCGGCGGACCGAAUGGACGCCAUCAAGAGGCAAAUCGCAUCUGCCUAUCCGGUGAUGCACGAGAAGACGCUUCAGUUGUACAUCAAGUUCCUGGAACACAAGCUCAAGUUUGGCACCGAAAAGGAGCUCAAGAUCUACAAGGGCAUGACCCUCAUCGACUUCGUCCAACGUCUAAUGACCAAGAGAUGCAUCUGGUUUCUUGGAGACGAAGACGAGUACUGCACAAUGGAACUCGAGGACGGAUCUGCCGGAUUUGAGGCAGUGGGAACAGAGAAUGAGGAGAAAGGACUAACCAUGAACGAGGUGCUCAGCUAUGACGAGAUUAAGCUGUCUGCCCUGAUGUACUUCUCCACCCGCACGGAGUUCAUCAACGACGGAUCGAAGGACAAUGCCGGCGAGAAGCUCUUGGACAAGAGUACUAUCGAGCUGGAGGGCGUGAUCAUUGGGUUGAUCGGAGCCCGUUUCGAAAGACCCUUCGUAAUGGAUUAUCAGGACAUAAAGAUAACCGAAGAACAAAACAUCCUAAGCCGAGGAUAUGGUGACCAUAAGAUAACAACCGGACCGAUAAAUCUUCGUCGCAUUUGGCGAGAAUUCUAUGAGGAGCCAAAGGACUUCCUCUAUGAUGAGUUCAGAGGUAACGAGAUUGACUUUCAGCGCUUUGAGAAGGUCAACGGGGGCUACUUCGAUCACCAGGUGAUGCGGAAACGGUACAGGAACACCUUUGAGACCCUGCUGCUGGAGGCGCAGGCCAGAGCCACCCGGGCACGGAAACUGGCCUAUGUCCAUGUGCUUCCCAUCGGCCUAGGUAUCUGGAAGGCGGCCAGACACCAGGAACGCACCUUCUUCGAGGCCUUCGAGGAGACCCUGCGCGGGCUGGGCGACCGCUUGAACCACAUCGGAGUGGUGCACUUCGCCUGGUUCCACUGCGCCCGUGUGGGCGGCCUCUACGAUGGUGCUUUCCUGCCCUUCGAUAAGCAUCCCAAGGGCGGCAUCAAGUUCAAAAACUCGCGUCGCAAUGGCCACGACAAGCUGCUAGAGGACAUGCUUCUGGUGGUCACGUAUGGCGGGGAUGGAAACGCCUUGCCGGGCAAUGAGUUUUGGGCUGGCUCGCUGCAGGGCGAUUCAGAUUCGGCCGCUGCCUGUUCCACCUUGAUGGCGGAGCUCCAGAAUCCUCACAUCAACAAAGACUACAUGAACGCCGCCAAUCUGCAUAUUGCCUCCUUGGAGCACGGCUUGCUCCAUGUUGGGGACUAUGCCAGGCUUUUGGGUGAAGAUAUCAAAGAACCUAAGAAGGAAAUUGAUGAAGAAACUGAGAAGAAACUUGAAAAGAAACCUAAGGAAGAAUUCAAGAAGGAAACUGAGGAAGAAUUUAAGAAGGAAACUGAGAAAUAA